AAAUAAAGGCUGCUGCCAGAGUCGUGUUCAUUCCUGCACGUUACUUAUUGCGGGAUUAAAGUGUAUAGACGCUAAAGGACGAUAGUGACGACAAUGCGCGUGCUGAGCUCCGUGCUGCCCCCGCGGCUCCGCGCCUCUCUCCUCCUCCUCACCGCGAGCAGGGCGGCUUCAUCGGGCACCGCGCAGAUAAGAGACCCGCUGAACUUCUGGGGCGGAAACAGGAUCAGUCUCCAGGGCGAGAUCGGAUUCGAGCCGGUCUACGAGCCUGCGACAGGACGUGUGUUAUGCCAGCUGCAGUUCUGCCGGGCGGCGCAGGUGGACGAAGCCGUAAACAGCGCUCACGCCGCUUUCACGCGCUGGAGUAAGAUGGCUGGAAUGGAACGAGCCGGGGUCAUGCUGGAGGUUGCACGAAUCAUCCAGAAAAGAAGGGAAGAAAUUGCUGAGGUGGAGGUGGUUAACAACGGCAAGUCGAUCACAGAGGCACGGCUAGACGUGGACUCAGCCCGGCUGUGUAUCGAGUAUUUUGCUGGUCUCGCAACAACCAUGGCAGGCCAGCACGUGCAGCUAGCAGGAGGAUCUUUUGCUUACACGCGCCGGGAGCCGUUGGGAGUGUGUGUAGGAAUCGGAGCCUGGAAUUACCCCUUCCAGAUUGCAGCCUGGAAAUCAGCUCCGGCCAUCGCCUGCGGGAACUCGAUGGUGUUCAAGCCGUCCCCAUUGACCCCGGUGACUGCAGUGCUGCUGGCUGAAAUCUACACGCAGGCCGGUGUUCCUAGCGGUCUGUUUAACGUAGUGCAGGGCGCUCAGGAGACCGGCGCUCUGCUGUGCCAACACCCUGCCGUAGCCAAGGUCUCUUUCACUGGGAGUGUGCAAACCGGCAAGAAGAUAAUGGAAAUGGCGUCAAAAGGCGUGAAGCCAGUGACCCUGGAGCUCGGUGGCAAAUCUCCACUGAUCAUUUUUGAGGAUUGUAACCUUGAGAAUGCAAUCAGGGGAGCGCUUAUGGCCAACUUCCUCUCUCAGGGCCAGGUGUGCAGUAACGGAACGCGGGUUUUCGUGCACAGAUCGAUCCUUGGCCGGUUUUUGGAGGAGGUGGUAAGGAGAACCAAAGCAAUCCGGAUCGGCGACCCCCUCCUGGAGGAGACGCGUAUGGGGGCGCUGGUCAGCAAGGAUCACCUGAACAAAGUGCUGAGAUAUGUGGAGCAGGCCAAGGCGGAGGGUGCUCGGGUGAUGUGUGGAGGAGAACCGUUCACGCCGUCAGACCCUAAACUGAAAGGUGGAUAUUAUAUGACCCCCUGUGUUCUUGACAACUGCACAGACAACAUGACGUGCGUCAGAGACGAAAUCUUCGGUCCUGUAAUGUCAGUGUUGACCUUCGACACUGAGGACGAAGUUCUUCACAGGGCUAACGACACAACGCUGGGACUGGCUGCUGGAGUGUUCACUAAAGACGUUCAGAGAGCACAUCGCGUGAUUGAGAACCUGCAGGCUGGCUCGUGUUUCAUCAACAACUACAACAUCACGCCUGUGGAGGUGCCGUUCGGAGGAUACAAAGCCUCAGGUAUAGGAAGAGAAAACGGCCAGGUGACCAUUGAGUACUACUCUCAGCUCAAAACCGUGGUGGUCGAAAUGGGAGACGUGGACAGUCUCUUUUAAACACAGGACGAGACAGAGAAUAUAUAUAUAUAUAUAUAUAUAUAUAUAUAUAUUUAAAUAGGGUUUAACGAUAAUUCUUGAAAUGUACUGAUGUUGAUUGUACAUCACAUAAGUGCCUUAUCAUGAGAUUGGGUGGGACAAUACAGGGAGAGGGGGGAAAAGUUCUAUACUGUGAUAUUUAGUAGUUGUAAUAGUAGUUGUAACAAGCAUACAAGUUUUAAAUUAUUUGGUAACAGAAAUGAUUAUACUGAUCUAUUUGUAUAUUUGUAUCUUCUCAAUGGAAUACAACCAAUACUUUGGCAAGCCAUGUUUUACAAAUCAUUUCACAAAGUAUUACAAUUGAACCUCGGCAUAGGUGAAGUUUUCGCCUUAAGAAUGUAAAUGUUGGAAUAAAUUUGCAUCUACAUACGAAGCAUUUUGGGCCAACGAAACGAACCCCCGUUUAGUCGUGAGUAUGUCCGGAAACCAUUUAAAACUUGUUUGUGUCAGUGGAUAUCUGACGAAGCAAGUUUUACUGAAAAAAACAUUUUCAGUCAGCGAAAGCCGAAUCAAAAGAGUCGACCAACAAUACAGACAUUCAAAAGCUACGUUAUUGUACGUGUCCUUUUUCCUUUUUUUUCUGUAAUAUUGGUAAUAUUUUUGGGUGGCACAACAGAUUAUCUGCAUUUACAUUUUGUCUUUUGUUUUUGGGAAACUUUGUGCUGCAAUAUAAUAUACAGAAUUUAGAAUAUAUAGAAUAGAAUAAUAUAUAAUCUAGAAUUCUCCUUAAAAACUUGAAAUCAUACGAAUUAAAAUUUGUAUGCAGAGGUUUUAAUAAUAUAUAUAAAAAAAUUAUAUACACAUGUUUUUCCUUUUUUUUUGGAUUUCCUUUUUCACACUGAUUUAGCAGUGUAUCAUCAGCCAUAUUGUUAUGAUGUCUGAUGUUAUUACACAUAACACACGUUUAUUAAUAUAUUGAUAUAUAACCAUUAUCCUUUCCUUUUACUUGAUUUCACUAGAUUCAGACAUGCUCAUCAUGACAUUAAAACAAGCUAGGUUUUGACAAAACAGUUAUAAAUACUGAAAAGCUGUUUGUUUAGACGCAGCAGCAUUUCAUUAAAACUGUGAACCUGCUCACAUGCACACUGAUGUUUCAUUACAACUCUAAGAUGUGUAUUGUCUAAAUGUUUUAUUGCUUAUGCAGUAAUUAAUGCUACAAACCAGACUGUAACAACUACAAAUGAUUUUUGUAUUUAAAUUAAUAAUUUCAUGAGGGGAAAUAAAAUACAGUAAAUUAACAGAAA